AUGUUCCUCCAAGUGGUACUAUUUCUCGCAGCUCUCGUCUUCCUCUAUUAUGGUAUACGUAAUUUUUUGGAGUCGAUUCAAAUAACUGACCUUAAUACAAAGGCAGUUUUCAUUAGUGGAUGUGAUUCGGGCUUUGGCUACUUAUUGGCUAUUAAAUGUGCUCAAAAUGGCUUAUCAACAUUUGCUGGUUGCUUAACGGAACAUGGAAUGAAAACAAUCGAGGAAAUGGCUCAAAAGACUACCGGAAGGUUAAUUCCGGUACAAAUUGAUGUCACUAAUGAGGAAUCGGUUCAAAACGCUGUCCGUUUUGUUCAGGAGAAUUUGAAUUCUAAAUUAAAAUUUUGGGCAUUAGUGAAUAAUGCAGGAUCACUGGGAGUUCAUGGAUAUGAUGAUUGGUGCACGGUAGAAGAUUAUGCAAAAGAUUUAAAUGUCAAUACUCUCGGUGUUAUUCGAGUUACACAUGCAUUUAUGCCAUUGCUAAAACAAUCUCGUGGUCGAGUAGUAGCAAUAACAAGUGUCUGUGGCCGUUUGGCAUUACCUGGAAUUGGCCCAUAUACUGUUUCAAAAUUUGCUACUGAAGCAUAUAUCAAUAUUUUACGCCAAGAGGUACGAGAAUUUGGCAUUCAUUGUGCAAUUUUGGAACCGGGCCGGUUUCAAACCAGUCUUAUGGAUAAGAAAGCAUUGAUUGAUCGUAUUAAUCGUGCAUGGAAUCGAUUAGAUAAUACUCGAAAAGCUGAAUAUGGCGGUGAAGCAUUCAAAGAAUUAUAUAUCGCUUUAUUGAUAAGAUCUUCCAAUUCUUCAACUCUCAUAAUGAGCGAAACCUUUGUCGUAACAAAAGCGUGGGGAUUCCCCCACUUCAAUAUAAUGAAAACCCCAUUGCUUACACAACUUUCCCAUGCCGGGAAUCGAACCCGGGCCGCUUGGGCAAAAGCCACUAGACCAUAUGGGAUUCACAUUGCAGAUAUCAAAAAGUAA